AUGACCACCAGACGGACCCGCAUCGUCUGUAUAUCUGAUACCCACAACCAGACUCCAAAGCUACCCUCUGGAGACGUUCUCAUCCACGCAGGCGACCUCAGCAACCAGGGCACGUUCUCAGAGCUGCAAAAGACCGUUGCUUGGAUAAAGAAGUCAAAGUUCCAGGUGAAAAUCAUCGUCUGUGGGAAUCACGACAUCACAUGCGAUGAGGAAUUCUACCAGCAGUACGGGCCAUACUUCCAUCAUGGGAGAAUGGAAGACGCUCAACGGUGCAGGGAUCUGGUCAAGUCAGAUCCAUCCAUCGUUUAUCUUAAUCAUGAAGCAAGGCACGUUACCAUCACGCACGAAGACGGGCAACAGUCGAGGCUGAAGGUUUUCGGAUCGCCAUAUUCACCAGCACGGGGCUUCCGGGCAUUUUGGUACUCAACAGAGUCUGCUCCCCAAUUGUGGGAUCAGAUCCCACUAGACUCAGACAUCGUGGUCACCCAUACACCCGCCAAGUACCAUCGUGAUGAAACUGGCAAGGGCGGCAGCGUUGGAUGUGAAGUCCUUCGCCAGACCCUGUGGAGAGUCAGGCCCCGCCUGUUUGUAUGUGGACACAUUCAUGAAGCCUAUGGUGUGGAGAUAGUGAAUUGGGACCUGUCUUCGCUCAACGUCAGAUUUAAAGAGCGGAGCUUGCGAGAAUGCACUGACCCUGAGCCCGGCUCAAAGAAGCAGUUCAGAGUUGAUCUGACCUCCAGGGCCAGGUCGCUGGCCCUGAAGAACGAUGGUGGUACUGGCAAUCUCGUUCCACCCACCGAGCUCUGCAGGCUUCGAGGCGUCGAAGUCGACGGCCCUGCAGACUGGACCAUGAUUGAGAAGCGCGACUACGACACGUCCGACGAUGCGGCUAGUGAUGCGGCGGAUGAGCAGGAGCUUGCUGCACGGGAACAGCACGCUGGCAAAGCUGUGUUGCCGGAUGUUCCACACCCGCCGACACCCCCAUUCCCUGAUUUUGAAAAAGCCGAACGACCGGCUUCAUACAAGGCCAACAAUUCUCAUCAUAUAAGACAUCUAGGAACACGUGGUCAGGGCGGUCCAGCAUCGAGUCCUCGGUCAGACCAGGAAGCGCUAUCUGGUCGAGAAGGCAGGGAAGAGACGUGCAUUGUCAACGCGGCAUUCAUGGCUACCAACUUUCCGCACAAUGGAGGGAAAAGAUUCCAUAAGCCCAUUGUGAUUGAUCUGGACUUGCCCGUCGUGGAUGGGAAUAAGCCCCAUCAGGCUACAGAGCGGGAAACUAGCUAA